AUGCCACCGCCAGGCCAUCUCUCAUCCCACCGGCAGCCACCAGCGCCUCCGCGCGCACGGAGCCGUGGAGCGACACUGGCACCCGUCCUGUCCGCGGCAUGCCGAGCACGAUCAGCGCAGGCCGAGCCGGAAGCACCCCGCCCCGCCGCAACGCUUGCUUGGUGCCAGGGCUCCCCGCGCCAACGAACAUCACCCUCCUCGACUCGCAGUAUCGUCUUCACGCAAGAGUUCCCAACGGUCUUCGGCCGGCCAAGUGCCAGGGCUGACGGAACCAAGCCGAGCGCUUCGGACCUCUCCGGCACCGUCCGCGAGUUCCGGAUCGGGGACGUCGCGGACGACAUGACGCCGACCCGCGGCCCCGUGCUGCUCGCUCGGACGCACGACGACAUGCUCAGGGGCGACCGCGCGAAGCAGCUCCUCGAGGCCUGCUUGACGGACAGGGAGACGUUCAUGGCGAAAGUGUUCAGCGUCAACAAGGGCGGUGUACUGGCAUCCGUGGCGGGCCUGACGCUGUUCGUGCCGAACUCGCACCUCAUACGCGAUGCCGACACCGAGGUCAGGAAGCAGUUCCGGAAGGGCACCGAGAUCGAGCUGACGCUGAUGCGCGUGGACGAGCCCGAGGACUUCCGGCACGGGCAGGCGAAGAUCCUGGCGUCGAUGACCCUCGCGCGACAGGCCCACGCGUACAAGCGCAUCUGCGUCGGUGCGCUUGUGUCGGGCAAGGUGCGGCGCAUCGAGCCCUUUGGCGCGUACGUCGGAAUCGACGGCACCUCGAUCAGCGGCCUGCUGCACGUCAGCAACCUCAGCGGGCGCUACGUCGAGGCCAUCAGCGACGUGCUCUCAGUUGGCGAGCCAGUCAAGGCAAUCGUCAUGGGCAUGGAGGAGGGCUACAGGCAGAUCUCGCUGUCGACGGCGGAGCUCGAGGACUACCCGGGGCAGAUCCAGGAGGAGAAGGCGACGGUGAUGGCUGCCGCGGAGAGGCGGGCGGAGGAGUUCAGGGAACGGUUCGACCAGUGGAUGGAGGAGGAGGGGACGGAGCGGGAGGACGGUUCCUGGAUGUACGAGAGCAGCGAGGACGACGUCGGUGCGUGA